AUGGGCUUAAGCCGGUACAUCAGUCGGCGGUACGUUUGGCUGGCCCAGUACCUCGGCCUUCUUUUCGCACUAUAUUUAAUUUAUUGUAUCGUUGGGAAAGAUAGUCGGAGCACUUAUUCGAAUAUCGAUUCUGAUUUGGCCGAACGAUGGCGGAAACCAGGUUGGAGUUGAAUGAUACUCUAUUUUUUUUUUUGAAGGAAAUCAUAAAAUUAUAUAAUUUUUGUUGGAAUGAGGAAAAUUGGGGGCUGUGUUGUGUGGUUCCGGGGGGAAGAAAAUAAGAACUGAGAAAAAAAAAAAUCGGUUUUAGGUAGAUUGAAAAAUUAAUAGUUUUUGGUAAUAAAAAUCAUUGAAAUCGUAGUAAAACGAUUUUUAAAAAAGCUUUUGGCCCUUGUUUAGGACCUAGAGAAAGAGGUUUUUCGCUUUCGGAUUUCGAUAUUUUUUUAGUUUGUUUGAAAUUUUUUUCUGAAAUUUUAAUUUUUUUGAUUCUGCUAAUUAUGAUCAAAAACUUUGGUAGUAAAAAAAUCUUUUUUUCUGGGAUUCCUAUGAUUUUUCAACAGCUUGAAUCUAAAAAUUUUUGAAGAUUCUUAACUUUUUUUCCAGCAGAGCCACUGAAACAGGAAGCUCAUGAACCUGGAAAAGUCGAGAAAAAAGCCGCCGCCACAGGCCAUGGAGGACGUUUUCGAGAAGUACCGAGGACAGCCGAAAAUUGUCAGUUUUUUGUGUCUUUUUUCUAUUAUUUUUUUGAAGUAAAAGCGAAUAAUUAACAGACUUUGCUGUUUCGUUACUUCAAUAUAUUACAAAAAAGUGAUUUCUAUUCCGCUGCUUCGACAAUUGCGCUAGGCUGAUUUUUUCCAAAAACUGUCAUUUUUACAAUUUUCGAAUUUUUAUCGUUUUAAAAAGCAAAAAUGCUCGAAUUCUUCCUAAAGAGGAUAUUUUCAAAAACUGUCGGUUAAACAUUUCCCUUUUCUCCUGAAAAAAGGUUCUAUUAUGUCCCAUUUUCAGUCAGAACCUCAAAAUUAUGUUCAAGGUCAGACUAUAAACUAGUUUGGAAAAAAGUCAAAUUUUACCCACUUAAAGAUUUUUUAAACUCCAGAUACUUGAAAGAUCGUAAAUUAGGCAAAUUCGAAGCAUUUGAAAGGUCGGAAACUGUAGAAGACGGUUGAAUUUUGAAGCAAAUUCACCGAUUUUGUGUAGUUUUGGAACAUUUAGAGCUAUACGCUUUGAAAAAUUCGUAGUUUUUUAAAGUUCACAAACUCCAGAUACUCGAAAAAAUUGCAAAGAAAGAAAAUUUCAAGCAUUUCAACACGGUACAGAGAUGAAUUUCAACGUAAAUUCAUUGAUUUUGUGUAAUUUUGGAACAUUUACUAGUAUACGCUUUGAAAAUUUCGUAUUUUUACAUUCUUCAAACCUCAGAAAUUGUCUAAAAUAAAAAUUUUUCUUGUACUCUUUCAUUUUUUUCCAGUUUUUUUCUUUAAGGACUGGGAAGACAAGGAAAAGUACUCGGAGGAACAGAAUCGGCAAGGAGCUGGGGAACAAGGAAAACCAGUAAUCUUACCGGCUAACGAUACAGAUCUGCAGAGAGAAGCGGUUUGUUUUAUUCUUCAAUAAAAAAAUAUGAAUUUUUCAAAAAUUUUUUUGAGACUUGGGAAAAAAACAGUAAAAAGCUCCUUGAAAGGUUCUUUUGAAAAAAACAGCUUCUGAGGCUCCCAAAAAAAUGUUUUUUUAACUUUUUUUAUCUUGCUCACAUUUUUUUAUAAAUUAUCUGGAAAGAACGGAGAACAAUUUUGAUUUUUUUCCCACUAUUAAUUAAUUUAUUUUUUUAACCAUAAACUACUAUUGGAACGUUCUAGGCGGUGAAAAAAAGGCUUUUCAAAGUUUUUUUCCGAAAAUUUUUUUCUAACGUGGCAUUUUUUUCUUGAAAUCAUCUUCUGUAGCAAAAAAUAAAAUGCUCCUCAAAAAGGUUCUUUAAAGAAAAAAAUUAGCUCCUUAGAGUCCCGAAAAGUUUUUUUCCACUUUUUUAUUGAAAAAAAUUGUUGGAAAGUGUACUUUAGGGCCUCCUGAUGCCAGAACAAGGAAAAAAAUUUUCGCAAUAAAUCUCGUUUUUGAGUUAAAACUUUUCAAAAGCUUGAAUUAGCGCUUUUUUGUCAUAUUUUGCGUAUUUUGCGGUCUUUGAAGCGUUUAAACUCGAUAAAAGAUAUAUUGCGAGAAAUAAAAAAACGUCCCCUAGUAAGCACUUUGCAUUUUUUCGAUUUUUCCAGCUAGCCCUGUACAAAGCGAACGGCUACAACGCCUACGUAUCCGAUCUGAUUCCUUUGAAUCGUUCGAUCAAAGAUCUCCGACAUCGGGACUGUCGGACCGUCAAGUAUUCCGCCAAGUUGCCCACCGUCUCCGUCAUUUUCCCGUUUCAUGAGGAGGUGAUUUUGAUCAUUUUUGUUGUUCCUCACUAAAAUCUCUCUUUCGUCUACAUCAGUGGAAGUUACAGAUUUUCAUUAAAAAGGCCUUUUUCAGCGUAAUUUUCGCAAAAUCCAAAAUUUAGUUAUCUUCUUCACUCUGACGGCUAUUUUGAACGUCGUGAAACUACUUUGAACACAUAAAUUCUUGUUGGAAAAACUCAAUUUUUGUCUUUUUUCAGCACAAUUCCACCUUGCUCCGCUCGGUGUACUCCAUCAUCAACAGAUCGCCCAAGGAACUCCUGAAAGAAAUCAUUCUGGUCGACGAUUUCAGCGAAAAGCCUUUUCUGGGCAAACCUCUGGAAGAUUUCCUGGUCCGCGCCAAAAUUGACGAUAUCGUCAAAGUUGUCAGAACCAAGUGGGAAUCAGUUAAAAAUCCAGGAUUCAUACGAAAUUUUUUAAGAAAACGAGAAGGUUUGAUCCGGGCACGACAACUUGGGGCUGAAAAUGCUGUCGGGGAGGUUUGUUUCAUUUUUAUUUUUGUCUGGAACCGUUUAGAAAAUCCAUUUUUCUUCAUUUUUUUGCAAGUUUUUUUGGUGUUUGGAAACAACUUAUUCUUCCUGAAACUUACUCAAAUAGCUACCAUAAUUUUUUUAAAUUUUAUCUUUUACCGCUAGCACAAAUUUUUCUUAGGGAUUCGAAAAAAAGAGGGAAAUCUUCAUUAAUUAAAGUUGACAGUUUUUCAUUCAUUGGAUUUGCUUCCCUAAAACUGAAAAAAAGAAGAUGAUUUUGAGCUUUUUUUGACUUCUAGCUGGUUUUUUUGAAGCUUUUUUUCGAUCUUAAAAUUAUUAUUUUUUUACGAAAGGAAAGAAAGGUUUUUACAAUAAUUAAGUUGUAAAAUUAGGAAUAAAGAAUAAAUUCCUACAAAUUGAUCUCUUAAAAAAGUGACGAUAGAAAAAUUUUUCCAUAUACGAUAGUUAAAGUAAUUUCCACGAAAUUCAAAAAUUAUCUCUCAUCCUCCAAAAAUUUAGUUAUCUUUUUCAGUCUCUGACGGCUUUUUUUAAUUUCGCGGAAUCAUUUUGAACAUAAAAUUGUAGCAAAAAUGUUUCCAAAACUUGGAAUUUUUUUGAAAUCACCGUUAUUAUAAAGAUCUCAAUUUUAUUAAUAGGAUUUGAUUUUUUUGGAUUCAAUUUUUUUCAUCCAUUUGGAAACUUUUUUUCAGGAUUUUUUUGAGGAUUUUUGAGGAACCAUCAUUUUGAGGAACCAUUAUUAAAAAAAGGAAAAACGAUUAUAAGAUCUAAUUGGAAUGUUCGAGUGUAAAGAAGAUUUUUUUAAAAAAAUGAAGAAAAAAAUGAUAAUAAAAUAUUAUUUUUAACUUUUUCAAGGUCCUCAUCUUCCUUGACGCUCACUCGGAGGCCAAUUACAACUGGCUCCCACCUUUGAUUGACCCAAUCGCUGAAGAUUAUCGGUUUUUUGUCUCUGAAUUUCAAAGAAAGAAAUAAAAAUCCUUCAGAACGGUUGUCUGUCCUUUUGUGGACGUUAUCGACUGCGAAACCUAUGAGAUCAAGCCUCAGGAUGAAGGAGCACGAGGUUUUUCUGAGGAUUUGCAAAGAUUUUUACAAAAAUUUCCAUUUUUCAGGCUCUUUCGAUUGGGCUUUUAACUAUAAACGCUUGCCGUUGACAAAGAAGGUGGGAAUUUUUUCGAAAAGUGUAUUAUUUGAAAAUAAAUGAGUUCACGGUUUCAAUAAUCCAAAUAUUUCUAAUAAAUCUUAUGGUUUCUAGUUGAAUGUUUUUUUAAGCAACUGUAAAGUGUGGAUUUUUUUUGAAUUUCCUCUUCUUUUCAAAAAAAUAAUCUUUCAAAAAUUUUUAUACUAAGAAUAGAAAACCAGGAAGCCGAAAUGAUCUUGAAACUUCUUGAUUUUUUUCUGUUUUUUUCUACUUUUUUUCUAAAAAUUUCCUUUUUUUCCCAAUUUUUUUUAAACUGAGUUUUUAAUAUUCCGAAUUUCGAAAUUAGUAUAUUUUCUUGAAAUUCAUGUUUUUCGGUCAUUUACAAAGAAGUUCCUUUCACUUUGCGGUUUGGAUUUUCUUAAAAAUUGGUCAGAACGCCUCCUCGAUGUACCUAAAAAGGUCCUAAGAGUCUCAACCUGCAAAACUGUCUAUUUUUCGAGAUAGGACACCUUAAAGUCGAAAAAAAACCCUCAAAACCCCGAAAAUAAUCUAUUUUGGGACUUUGAGUCCUUGUUUCUCGAAAACUAGGAAGUUGUGCAGUUUAAGGCUUUCAGGAUCUUCUUCUGGUUUAUCAAAAAGUGUUCUAGCCAAUUUUCAAUAAAUCCUAAACUUCAAAAAAAUGACCUUGUGAGAAAGAGCUGAAAAGGUUCCGCUAAAAGCUCCUAAAAUAAUGGUAAAAAAUCUUUUGAGCUUCUCAUUUUUCUAAAUAGCCACCGAGGAACCUUUUUGAAUCAGCUGGGACAUUUUUAGCAUAUUUCCAACAUCUUUCUCAAAAAAUAAGUGAAAAAGAUGCAAAAAUCAAAAAAAAAAUCUUUUCGGGACUCUGGGAAGCAAAUUUUUUUAAAGAACCUUUUGAGGAGCACUCCUAGUUAGGCCGAAGGUUCAUUGAAAAACCGUUUUUCCAGGACAAACAAGACCCGACGAAGCCGUUCCCGUCGCCGGUGAUGGCCGGCGGAUAUUUUGCGAUUUCGACGAAAUGGUUCUGGGAACUCGGAGGCUACGACGAAGGACUUGACAUCUGGGGCGGGGAGCAGUACGAACUGAGUUUCAAGGUUGGAAAUGUGGAAAAAAGGACCUACAACGGGAGCAUUUGUGUAUGAAAAGAAGUAGCUCAUAGUUGUUUUUCUGGUUUUUAAAAAUAAAGUUGAAAGUAAAAAAAUAGAGACAAAUAAUUGAAAAUUUUGUUCUUUUUCUCAUUUGUUCACAGUUUUCCUUCUUGGGUUGAUUCUACUGGGGCUGAAAAAGUUUGCUCAAGAAUUUAUAUUUUGGUGGGUUUAGCAAUGAUAGAAGAAUUGUAGAUUUCAUUUUCUUUUUUUCAGUAAAGGAAUUUUUUUUACAUUUUUAUGAGGAAACUUUUUAAAAAUCAGUACGAAAAAAAGUGAAAUUUUUUUAAAAAAAUAGUUCGCUGUCAUUUUUUUGGAGCAACUUUGAAGGUCCGGAAGUACCCUGUUCCGGAAGUACCCUGUUUGCACAUCUUAAGCCGAUUUUCAAGUUCAACGGGGGGAUAAAGACCGCACUAGUUAAUUUAUACUUUGGUAGGUCUGGCAAUGUCACGGAAGAAUGGUGGACGCGCCGUGCUCCCGCGUCGCCCACAUCUACCGCUGCAAGUACAUGCCCUUCAAGAACGCCGGAAUGGGCGAUUUCAUCUCGCGAAACUACAAACGUGUCGCCGAAGUUUUUUCCCCUCAAAUCUCCUGAAAUUCCACCGUUUUUCCCCAGGUCUGGAUGGACGAAUACAAGGAACAUCUCUACGCUCAUCGACAAGGUGUCGGCGGCGCCGACACUGGUGAUUUAUCGACGUGAAAAUAACUUCUGGAGAUCUUCCAGGCGAUAUCAGCCGUCAGAAGGCUGUGAGAGAACGGCUGCAGUGCAAGUCGUUCGAUUGGUUCAUGAAAGAGAUAGCUUUUGAUCAGGAUAAGUACUAUCCGGCCGUCGAGCCGCCGCCGUCUACUCAAGGUGAUUGGAGAGGCAUUCAAAAGAAUUUACGACCAUAACAAAUAGUUAGAUGGGAGACUUGGCAAAAAAACGAGGGGGGGGUUCGGGGUGCGCGUUGGACUCUUAUAAUAAAAAAAUCGAAAAAUUAUUCUUUUUAAAAGUUAAAUUGAUUGGCAGAAGUGAUUUUUUUCUCUAUUAAAAGUGAUCGGGAAAAAUAAAGAUAAAAAAAAAGGGGGGGGGGCUGUCGCCAGUCAUGGUCAUCUCAUGUAUGUUUACUGAUAAAGCUCGUUAAUAGAUGAACAUCCUCGGAUUCUGGUAACGCAGACCGGACGCGCUCUGGACGUGUCGGAGCAUUUAUAGUGACCACUUUAGUAGCGUCAGCACCCUUAAGUGAUCCCUAGAAUCGCUCAAAAACGUCCUGUUUUCUUUACCGAGGUCCAAAUCAUUUUUUUGAAAUUAUCAUUUCGCGACGCCUUGAAAUUAUCUUUUCGUGGAAAAAGGGAUAUCAUAGCCAUGAGAAAAAUCUUUAAACUCCAUUUUUGAACUUUGAAAAACCUACUCUACGGUCAAAGCCCGCGAAAAAGUAAAUUUGAAUUUUUGGAGUUUUUUUGCGACUGCUAAACUGCCGCUUUUCACUGAAGGGGAAUGAAUUGAAGAUUUGCAAAUUUACAGUAAUAUUAGCAAACCUAUGGAAAAAUCAGCUCAAAUUUACAUUGUUGUUAAAACUGCUCCACUGAUAAUGCCCGAAAAAAAUUAAUUUGAAAAAUGAGCCCCAGAAAAAAAGGAGAUCGAUGUUUUAAUUUCUCUGAAAAUAAUGCUACGAGGAAAUAAACGAUAAAAUCUCUAUUUUCAAACUUUCCUAUUGGGUUUCUGGACUGAACUUGAAUAUAUAAAAAAAUAAUUUGGAAUUUGAAAGAAAAUAAUUUUUUCCAGGUGAGGUGAAGCACGGCGCUUCUGGGAUGUGUAUCGAUGCGCAGUUCAAGCAAUCGAAUCAACGAUUUGGCUUGAGAAAAUGCAUCAGUGAGGAUCCGCAAGGCGGUGGUGAACAGGUAGGGAACAGGUUUUUCAAAAAUAGGUGAAAUUGAAAGAAAAUGUUUAAAAAAGUCCUUUUUUUUGGGUAUUUGGGUUUUUUAAAAGCUGAAGUUGUGCAGAAAAAAAAAUAGAAAAACGUUUUGAAAAUUGAAAACUUGCAUUCCAAAGAGUUACGUCUUUUUUCAACGUUUGUAGAUUUUCAAGAAGCUGAAAAUGAGACGAAAAAUGGUCGGAAUAAGGUUUAGAACGGUAAAAUUCAAAUUCCAAGGCUCCAAUUCUGAAAGAAUUUUUCUGUGAAAGAGAAUAAAAAAAUAAUUUCCAAAAAUAACACGGGCAAAGUCCAAAAGGUCUCGAAAAGGUCUUUUGGAAAAAAGCGCCUUUUUUUCUAAAUUUCUUUUCUGAAAAGGACCUUUUAAGGAAGUGUAAAAAAGAAGGCGGAAAAAAGGAGAUUUGGAGAAACUUUUGACGCCUUUUUAGGAACUUAAAAAGGAGCUUUGGGCUCUUAUUUUUGACGCCUUUUUGAGGUCGUUUGGACUUUGCCUGUGAAUUUCCCGUUUGAAAUACGUUUCCAAUAAGUUUUAUAAUGCGACUUGAUCUAUUUAAAUUAGUCACUGCAACUUUUGAAAAUUGAUAUUUUGUGAAAACUGUUAAAAUUCGAAAGUUCUUUUUAGGAUCUCCGCCUGACGAGAUGGCACGACAUUCGGCCAAAAGGAAGGAAUGUCUGUUUCGACGCCUCGACGAGUGUUGACAAGGCUCCCGUUGUCCUUUUUGAUUGGUAGUCGAAAUUCGUAGGACUUAUCCUAAUUAAUUAAUCGAAUUAUAGCCAUUCGAUGAAAGGAAACCAACUUUUCAAAUAUCGACCCGAGCAGAAGCAAAUUUAUCAUCCGGUUGGUGAUGUUUUUGGGAUCGGAAUCUUUGAGAUUUUAAGAAAAAAAACCGUUUUGAAAAUCUGUAGAAAAAUUAUAACACGAUUUCAAGUUAAAUUUGUGUUGAAAGGGUCUACGCGAAAUGAAAAAGUCGUCAUAUAAGAUUAAAAAAAGACCAAUUUCUGAAGGAUUUAGAAGAAAAGAAAACGCGGUUGAAAGUCUGUGAAAAGUUUUCAUGACCUUAAUUUUUUUUCAAGUUGAGAAUGAUUUUUUUCUUUUCGGACAUUAUUAACUAUAACUGGACGUGCUCCGGACAUUUCUGGGCGAUGCUAAUGAUCACUUAAGAGGGCUAAAACUAAAGUACUAAAGUGAUCCCUAGAACCGCCCAGAACGUCCGUUUUAGCCCUCUUAAGUGAUCCCUAGAAUCGUCCAGAAACGUCCCCAGCACGUCCGUUUUAGCCCUCUUAAGUGAUCCCUAGAAUCGCCCAGAACGUCCGUUUUAGACCUCUUAAGUGAUCCCUAGAAUCGCCAUGAAACUUCCUAAACACGUCCGUUUUUGCCCUCUUAAGUGAUCCCUAGAAACGUCCGGAGCACGCCCGUUUUAGCCCCCUUAAAUGAUCCCUAGAAUCGCCCAGAAACGUCCGGAGCACGUCCGUUUUGCGUUACCAAUGUCCGAGUUUUAACGAGUCUAUUUUUUUUCCAAGGACCACCAACAAAUUGCUAUUAAAGCUUUCAGUAGGUGGAUGGUGACUUUUUCAAAGUCUCAAUGACUUUGACGAGCUCUAAGAUGUCUAAAGAAAGAAAUUUCUGAAAAAAGACUUCAUUUUCAAGAUCUCUGGCCAAUGCUUAGCCGCUGAAGCAAACGGCCAAGGAUUCGCCUACAUGGUCAGAUGUGAUAGUCAGUCCAAAGCACAACAAUGGACUUGGCAGGUAUUUGAAGCUAAAAAUGACGAAAAGUAAUUAUUUUCAUUUCAGACCAUUGACAAAGCUUUGUUGGACGAGCGGCAGAAGAAAGAACCGCUGGAAACGGAUUAA